AAACUCAUGCCUUCUGUUGUACACAUGUAUGGGAUAUUUUAGAAUGCAGUGACCUAUGAUGACGUGCAUGUCAACUUCACUUUGGAAGAAUGGGCUUUGCUGGAUCCUUCCCAGAAGAAUCUCUACAAAGAUGUGAUGGGGGAGAUCUACAGGAACCUCACUAGUAUAGGAUACAGUUGGAAAGAUCAUAAUAUUGAAAAACAUUGUCAAAGUUCUAGAAGACAUGAAAGGCAUGAAACAAGUCAAAGUAGAGAGAAAACUUCUGCACAUACUCAAUGUGUUAAAGCCUUUGCAUGUGACAGUCAUCUUCACAGGCAUGAAAAAGCACAUACUAGAUUGAAACCCUAUGAAGAAAAUGAGUGCGGUAAAGCCUUUUCACAUCACAGUCCUCUUCAAAUGCAUACAAGAGCAUACACUGGAGAGAAAACCUAUGAAUGUAAUCAGUGUGGUAAAGCCUUUGCAUGCCACAGUUAUCUACAAGUUCAUAAAAGAACCCAUACUGGAGAGAAACCCUAUGAAUGUAAUCAGUGUGGUAAAGCCUUUGCACAAUACAGUCAUCUACAAAGGCAUGAAAGAAGACAUACUGGAGAGAAACCCUAUGAAUGUCAUCAGUGUGGCAGAGCCUUUGUACAACACAGUCAUCUACAAGUUCAUGAAAGGAGCCAUACUGGAGAGAAACCCUAUGAUUGUAAUCACUGUGGUAGAGCCUUUGCACAACACAGUCACCUUCAAAGGCAUGAAAGGAGCCAUACUAGAGAGAAACCCCAAGAAUGUAAUCAGUGUGGUAAAGCCUUUGCACGUCACUGUUAUCUACAAAGUCAUGAAAAAACCCAUACUGGAGAGAAACCCUAUGAAUGUAAUCACUGUGGUAAAGCCUUUGCACAUCAGAGUACUCUACAAAGUCAUAAAAGAAGCCAUACUGGAGAGAAACCCUAUAAAUGUAAUCACUGUUGUAAAGCCUUUGCACAUAACAGUGAUCUACAAAGACUUAAAAGCACCCAUACUGGAGAAAAACCCUAUGAAUGUAAUCACUGUGGUAAAACCUUUGCAUGCCACAGAUCAUCAAAGGCAUAA